GCUAAAAAGCGGGAUCUGUGAUUUCUAUUUCAUGUAAACAUUCCCCCUUGCAGUUCCGCAUCCGUUGAGAUUAUAAAUACCCCCAUUGUAGCUCAGCAUUCAGUAUUAGCUUAAGAUCUCAUACAACAGAAGAUAAAGGGUCGUGCAAAAAGAAAACCAAGAUGGCAGAGGCAGAUAAUAGUACUAGCCCUGGCAACCGAUUGCAGGACACCAGUCUCAUGAAGCCUGCAGAAGACCUUGGCAGUAGUCUUAGCAACAAUAACCAUGGCAACGACAGCAGUGUUUCUAGGUCCAUGGAGGAUCUGGUCAAGGAGUUGUUGAACAAACAUAACCAAACUGUGCAGAGCCACCACAAAGAGGCGACUCAAUACAAGACCGAGUACGAAAAUGCUGUCAAAAUGAUGGAGCGCCUGAAGUGGAAGAUGAGUGAGCUUUACAAAAGUUAUAAGAAACAAAAGCUGGAUAAUCUUCUACUGCAGGAGAAACUGGUCCAAGUAGAGCACAGAUUUAGAAACACGAAGUGCAGCUUGUGCCAGAAGGAAAUUGACUCUUCAGAAAAGGAGGACAAAAUUACAAGUGAGCAGAGUGACACCAGUCCCCAGGAAGAGGCUGGGUCACGGAGAGCAAUACUGAAACUGAGGGGACAGAAGAGAACCAGAUACAAAGAGGACCCACAGGUAGAUUCCAAAAAGAUGAGACCAAGUAUCGAUGAUGAAAGUUCAUCCCAAAAUGCAACGUGCAUCAACCAAAGCCAGAAAAGCCUUGCUACAGCUAAGAAACCAACUUCUCUUGGGGCCACUGUUGGAGACAUUUUGACCAAGGAUCUCAGAGAGGGAGAAACGCAGUUCUUAAAGACACAAAAAAUCUUGGCGCCAGAGACAUGUGCUUUUGACCUAAUCGAUCCCAUUGAUGAAAGUUUCAAUGAACAUAUUUCAGUUAAAGACAUCAUACUGAAAGGACCUGAGGAGGAUGAAACUCAGAGAAGAAAACCUCAAAAAGUUUUGGCAGUAGAGACUUGGCCAGAAGAGACAAUCCCAGAAUGCUCCACACUAGAGACAUCUCAUAACCUUGACCUCUCACAUGACCUUGAAAACAGAAAGGUCAUUGCCACUGAAACUGAAACAGAGAAGAAAAAUUUUGGUGAUGAGUUGGGAAACACUCUUGAAUCUACUGCUUUGGGCUCAGAAGAGGAUGUUCAGAUGGUAGCAAAACAUAAAAGGGAUAGAAGAGGGCAAAAACCAGAACAAAGUAAGUCUUUUCAUAGAUUGACAGACAGAACAAGUCCUAGUGAGGAAGGUAUCCAGACCUUGGUAACAAGGGUUCCAGAAACUGUCAAUAUUGAAGACCAAGAUGGUGAUGAUGACGUUAAGUCCAAUCCAGACAACAGUCAAGAUGGUAUUGCUAAGGACAAUGGCAAGAAUUCCACCAAAUGCAUUUAUAAUGAGUACACACAGCAGGAUGCCACCAUUACCAAUCAUUGCCUUACCAAUGAAGAAGACAGAUAUACCAAGAGCUCUAUUACCAGGAAGACAGUUAAACCAAUCAACGAGGUCUACGAACAAAAGGAGACACAAAGCCAUGGUUACAAAAUGAAAAGAAGUGAUGGUGAUAAUCUAUUUGAUCACAGUGUUGUUAGCCCCCCUUCUCCCCCUCAUGCCAGCACCCCUGUGGAACCCCGAAUCCACAGAAAACAAUAUGGCGGACAUCCCCAAAAUGUCUUUACCUCUUCCCCCAUUGGUAACAGCAUUGUUGAAGGUGGACUGUUAUCAGAUUUGGGCAUAAAUGAAGAAGAAAAUGGUUGUAGAGGUGAAGGAAAAGUCAGCAGUGCCAGUGGUCAUGGGAACCGUAGCCAAAUCAACUGUAACCAAGGCAAUCAAAAUCAGGAGAUAUAUAACCAUGGCAACGAGUUGCUUUCUAAAAGGGAUGAACAUAAUUCCAAAGAUAAGAGACAAACUGUGACUGAGAAUGAAUUGGAGUCUGAAAAGAAAUCUGCCAACUCCCAAAGAAAAGCUAUGAGACUUGUGCGCCACUGCAGCAGCAAUGAUGAAAUUGACUCAGAAAUACCUGCCUCUCCAAUAUUUGGCAAACAGAACACCACCGAUGGUCCAGAUGAUGUCAAAUCUCCAGCUUUGUUUGAUGAUGAUGAUGAUCAUGGUCAAGUGGCUGUGGAUCAGCCACAUAGGCAAUACGGAUCACCAUUCACUAGAGGCAAAAAACUGUCCCCAGGGAUUGAGGGGUAUGAAAGCGAAGAGUCACCUCUAAUGUUUAAGAAUAUUGCCAAUUUAAAACGUGGUUGGAAACCAGGACAGAAAAAGUCAAAAUUGCCUGAUGGUGAAAGGACAUUGUCUCCACCUGGUGGUAAAACUAGACUUUUCAUAGAAUCAGGAGGGUAUGAAAGCGAAGAGUCACCUCUAAUGUUUAAGAAUAUUGCCAAUUUAAAACGUGGCUGGAAACCAGGACAGAAAAAGUCAAAAUUGCCUGAUGGUGAAAGGACAUUGUCUCCACCUGGUGGUAAAACUAGACUUUUCAUAGAAUCAGGAGUUAGCGCGCCUCAGUCCAAGUCUCAACAAACUUUAGGGCCGUCUCGCAGAUUUGAAGGAAUUGAUGGAGAAGACGAUGAAAGAACUCGACCAAAAGCUCAAGAGCAGAACCAAGAGAAGUUUGUUAAGAGGAGAUCAAAGAGACUACAGAUGUUAGAAGUACCUUUCAGUGUGUCUCCACCGAGCUCUCCAAACCAUAUGAGGAAAAAUCAGAAAAAAGAAGAACGGAAGCUGCUCCGUCAGUCUACUUUGACCCAGGGCUUCUUCUCACCGAAGAAGAUCCCAGUGUCCAGUCUAGCAAAUUAUAAUGGUGGCGUUCUCAAAUCUGAAGCUGGUAAAUUUGAGGAAGAGGAUUUGAAGAAGGCUAUCUUGGAAUCUCUGGCAGAUGCCAAGAAGAAUGAAGAAGAGGAUGAUUUGGACCUAGCAUUAAAAUUAUCACUACAAGAAAGCCACCGUGUUGAAAGCAGUAGCUCUGUACAUGUAAACAAAGAAAGCUCUGCAGUGAUUUCAAAUGUAGGUGGUGAUGCUGAGCAAGACAGUCCCUCUGCUGUGAUACAUAAAGAAGUCGAUGAAAAUACACCACCAAGGGAACAGUUUAAAAAGCCCAGAACACCCAUUGGUAGUCCUUCAGCAAAGCAACAGUGUGCCUCCAAAGCCCAUAGCCCAAAAAGUUUAAGAAACCAGAGACACAAAAGUCAUGCCACUUUUGACCCCGAUGAAACAUGCUUGCCUUUUCUCACUCAGAGUCCUUCUGUGCCAAUGAUUUAUCAGAAUGAAGGCAUGGACUUGAAUGGUAGCAUAGACCCAAGUGUGCGUCUCUCUGAAUACGACAUUGAGUCUCAAGAUGAAACAUUUUGUGAUGAUCCUCAGCAGGAAAUGUCAAGGUCAAGGUCAGGGAUGAGUUCAAAUAUAGCAUUGGGGUCAAGGUCACAUAAUAUCACAGAUGCAAAUGCCAGCUUGGACACAAGUGAAACCCUUCUAAAUUGCAAUCGAGGGGCUGGUGCAGUUCCUAUACCUGAUUUAGAGGAAGAAUCUCAAGAAAUAGACUGUACUCACAGAAGCGUUACUUUUGGCAAAGUUGAUAAACAUAUCAGAAAAGGGGAGGAGUCCCAAAUGAUAUCGAACAGAGAAAAAGAUGACAUAGAAACACAGCAGCAUCAAGAUGAAGAACCCAAUCUGCAGAGAAACAUAAAGAGCAAAGAGAUGAUCAGUAAAAGAGAGGGGGUUUUCAACAAGGGGAAGUGCCCCAGAUACCAUAGUGACAAUGAUGGUGAUGUGACAUUUAAUGCAGCCUUAGACCUAGUGCAUUCUGAGAUGGAUGAAGAUUUGAUGAUGGAGAAAGAUGUUUCAGAUUCACAACCGCAGGAUGCCAAUUUGCUAGAUGACAGCUUUGACAGAGUACCAAAAGCUGAGGGCCCUGCCUAUAAAUAUGUGGAUGUGGUGAGGAAGAGGGAUGAUAGAAGAAAACUAGAGGCCUUUGACUGUCCUGAAUGUGAAGAGUACUUUAAGGACAUGAAUCUCACAGCUGAAGAGAAACGGGAACGUGCAAAGCAGUGUUCUCGCCAUCGAGCAAAAUAUGUGCCUCCUAGUACACCGCCCCACUUCUGGGACAUUGGUUUCCCUGACACCCAGGAGUGUAAGGAAAGAGGUUACAUCCGUGAGGCAACACAGAGGGGUCCCUCAGCCUAUAGGAGAAGAAAGCCUUUAAAGCAGAUAUUUGACAGCUAGGCUCCCAUUGGUGGUUGUAAAAUGUAUUAAUUAUUUUCAUUGGAUAAAAUGUAUCAGUUAUUUUCAUUGAAUGUAGCUAGGCUUACAUUUGUGUUCUUAAAAUGUAUCAAUAAUUUUCAUUGGAUGUAGCUUGGCUCCAAUUUGUGGUGUAAAAAUUAUCUGUUAUUUUCAUUGGAUGUUGUAAACUGUGUACAAGGUUAUUGGUUAAGAUGGAAGGUGUAACCUAGGUUUUAUUUGGAUGUCAGUAAGAAUAUAGAUACUGGGGAUUUUCCAGUAUGAGUGUCAUAGUAAAAAUUUAAAAAAUCUAAAACUGAAAAUGAGUUAACUUUAUAGAUCAAAGUAUUUUCAACAAUUAACUUGGUGAUAAAGGGGAAUACACUGAAGUUUUUUUGCAAUCAGUUGAUUGACUGUAUUAUCAAGUUGGACUGAAAUUAUAAGCAAAUUUUGAUUUGAUUACCAUACGUAAUACUUCACUGGGAAGCAGUAAAUGUCAAUUUCAUACCCAAACGGGGUUAUUGGUAAACAUAAUUU